CAGACGCGCCACACCGCCUGCCCGAUAGCCUACCACUCCAGUUUGCCAGUUAAAUCCGACCGCGCCACGUUUGCUUGUGCGAUUUUCGCGCGCGUCACUUGUAAACAAAUUCCAUUUUUGUAAUAAGUGACCACUUAGUGACAGUUCAGUGAAGUUAAAAAAGUUUCGCACAAAGGAGAUUUAUUGUCUAUUAAAUAGUGUCUCUUUACCAAAUAGAAGUAUAAAAUGCAAACUUAUAUUAAAAUAUAAAUUUUGCCCAGUAAGUUCUUAUAUUGUGAAGUUAAAACCGUGACGAGUGACGCUGCAAUGCGAAAAAUAAACUGCAAUGAACGCUAAAGUAUGCCAAGCUCAAGUGUAGUAAAGUGGUUUUAACGUGUUCUGGACACAUAAUGUGAGUGUAUCAGUAUGUGGGCGGCAGAGUUCAUCUGUAUCUUCAUACUUUUUGGUGUGACAUCUGGCGGCGGAGGCUGGGAGCCCCUGGGGCAGCCGUAUUUCGACAAUAGCACUAAACGUGAGGCCACCGCCGCAGUGGGACAGCCAGCCUACCUACAUUGUAGGGUUCGGAACCUUGCCGAUCGAGCGGUAUCAUGGAUACGCAAGAGGGACCUACACAUACUGACGGUGGGGGUACACACAUACAGUAGCGAUGCUCGGUUCGCGGCACUUCAUGCUGAUGGGUCAGACGAGUGGACUCUUCGGGUAUCGCCCGCCCAGCCUCGCGAUUCUGGUGUCUAUGAAUGCCAAGUGUCUACUGAGCCUAAAAUAAGUCUGUCAUUUAGACUUACUGUUGUAGUGUCGAAAGCAGAAAUCCUAUCAGGGCCAGAGCUAUUCGUCAGGGCAGGAUCGGACAUCAAUCUCACUUGCGUUGCGAAACACGCCCCAGACCCGCCGAGUUUUAUCUACUGGUACCGUGGCGAGCAAGUUGUGAACUACGCUCAGCGCGGAGGCAUCAGCGUGGAAACGGAACAGCGCACGCGUACAAGCCGCCUCUUGAUCGCUCGCGCAGCACCGCACGACUCCGGGAACUAUACAUGUGCACCUAGCAGUUCUGAAUCGGCAUCGGUGAUAGUUCACGUCCUGAGUGGAGAACGUCCCGCCGCCAUGCAGAGUUCCAGCUCAUUGUCAUCUCACAUCAACCCCCUUCUCUUAAUCCUUUCUAUACCAACUUUACUUGACAAUCAUAUUUUUUACAAGAAUGUACCCGACAUCUUUCACCUAGCCAACAACGUAAUUUGCAGCGUUCUUUUUAGCCAAAUUUCUAUUUUUCUACAAAAUACCUAUGGAAGCAGCACAAGAUGACCUAAUAAUAUUGAUAACCUAUAAUUAUGUAAAAUAACAAGUUUCUGAAAUGUAAUAUUAGUAUAAUUAAUGAGGUCGUUUUAAUUAUAGUGGAUACAACGACUUGACUUCGGUCGACAAAUUCUUACGUCAAUUUUAGUUUUAACUACACAUGCAAUGUGUCAGUUUAGACAAUUUAAAAGAUACAAAGGAAAGCUUAAUGGAAAAUUAUUCCAGUCAUAAAUGUUUAUUCAGAGAUUAGGGGACUCUCCGCUUAAAGUCUUUACGCGAUUAUCCGUUUUAUUCCUUUUCGUUUGUUGAGAUUAGAAUAAAUGGAUAUUGAGAAUUUAAACGAUACAGCGUGUAACGAAAGCCCUUAACAAAAUAAAUAUUUUAUUCCUUGCUGGUGAUGGACUCUUCUGUUUCACGAAUGCUAGCACGGUUGGCAUUAUAAACGUUUAUUUUAUCUUUAGGGUUUUCGUUAAUUAUUUGGAACAUAAGAGUAUUUAUCAAGGACCGUAAUAUUUAAGAUAAUAUAAACAGUUUGUUUUGGUGCUUUUAAUUCUUACUGUGCAGUGAUAUUCUUGGAAUGAAAUAGCCUACUGUGACCUCGUUACGAAAGCCUACGAAAUACCUCCGCUGUUUUUCUUAUAGUAGAUGGUAGCCGAUUCAGACAAUACCAAUUUAAAUAUUUCUCAGGAAUUGAAGUUUUUCUAGAUACUAUUACUAUUAGGUAUUUAUGUAUCAAUGUGGUGUAACCAUCUACAGAGCAUAUUUUUUUUCGUCCAUUCGAUUAUUUGAAAACACUGAACUUUUAAAAUUAUUUACAGUUUUACAUAAAAUUAUCUUUUUCUUUUAUGAUUGUUGUAGUACACGUAAAUGCCCAAUGACACCACAAAUACAUUGCAAGAAUCAAGUUUCUGUACUAAUUGUAAAUGUGAGCUAUUUUCUAUAUCAUUUAUUUAAUGUCAUCAUAAUAAUUUUUGGCCUAUGAUUUCUCUAAAAUUGAGUUAUAAAAAUUAUAAUUUUUGAUCAAAAUGUGAAAAUUAAAUCGGUUUAUUUUUAAAAUCUCGCAAAUUUUAAUAUAAUAAAUGACGUCUUGUUUUGAUGAGUCUUAAAUUAUCUUAACAAUAAUAAGAUUUCUUUCAAUGUCCUAUUUAUAACAAAGCAGAUGUUAAAUUAUUUUUUCUGUGAAUAUAGAAUAAGUAUGUAAAUAAGAUGUACAUAGAUUGUCUGUUCAUUAGUACAUUCAAUUAUGGAUGCUUAAACAUAAUGUAUUUAAAUUUGUGUAGUCAUCGAAACGGUUGUGUAAUGAACUAUCACGUAGAAUUAAAAGGUUAUAAAAUUUAUAAGAAAAUAAUUAUAGUUAUACAAUUACUAAUA